UUCUCUCAGGUAACCAGGCGGAAGUUGAUGUUGUUUAAAAGGGAGGCGGUAAAUGUGUAUUGUGGAGCGGGUAGAAAACGGUUAAUUAUGUGUUUCUUAACUGAAUUGACGAGGUAGUGCAACAGGUAGCCUGGUUCAGAGGGGCGUGACAGAAAGAAGAGAGGCUGGUACUGAAGCGUAAAUUGGACAGUAUUUAAAAAAAUAAAGUAAAAUAAAAAAACAAACAUAACCGUGGAAGAAUUAGAAAACAUGGGAUCCAAAUCGGAUCAGUUGCUGAUUGUUGUCUCCAUACUAGAAGGCCGGCACUUCCCCAGACGCCCUCGACACCUACUUGUGGUGGAAACCAAGUUUGAUGGAGAACAGUUAGCUACAGACCCUGUAGACCACAAGGAUCAACCACAGUUCUCUACAGAGCUGGCAUGGGAGCUGGACCGGAAGGCUCUCCAUCAGCACAGAUUACAGAGGACACCCAUUAAGCUACAGUGUUUUGCAGUAGAUGUGUUAUCAUCUGCAAAGGAAUCAGUGGGCUAUAUUGUUCUUGACCUAAGACCUGUUCAGGAAAAGAAACAGACUCCUAAAUGGUAUCCGUUGUUAAGCAGCAAGUACACGAAAGUGAAGCCUGAGAUUCUGAUUGGUAUGGCACUUGAAAGUGAUGCCAAACCUUUAACUGAUGGAUUUAAAGCUAAAGAAGCACCACCGAGGGAAGUAACUCCUGCGUUCUCUAGUCUGGAUCCUAAAAACAUCACUGCAGUCCUGAAUGAAGAGGAAGGAUAUCACCAAAUUGGACCACCGGAAUACUGCAAUGAGCUUUUUGUCUUGUCCGUUACAGUAGCUUUUGCAAGUCAGUUGGAGCAGUUGAUUCCUUGUACAACGAAGCUUCCAGAGGAAAGGCCAGAGUUUUUCUUCUACUAUACAUUGCUGGGGAAUGAUGUGACCAAUGAGCCUUUCACUGACCUGAUCAACCCGAACUUUGAACCAGAAAGAGCAUCUGUGAAAGUCCGCAGUAGUAUUGACGUCCUCCGAGUGUUCCUCGCUGCACAGCCAAACUUACAAAUACACCUUUGCUGUGGAGACCAAUCCCUUGGCAGUACAGAUAUUUCAAUAGCAGGUCUGUUGAAGAAAGCCAACGUUGAUAUUGAAAAGCAGCCUGUUGCAAUAGAAGGGGCCUUCACCCUGAUACCACCAAACAGAGCUAAACAAAAGCUGCCAUCUGUUCCUCUUGAGCUGCAGCCAACUGUCGGGGUGUCGGUGACAUUAAGAAAAGAGGGAGUUAAUUCACAGUCUUCCAGCCCUGACAAAGGCCAAGCUGUAGCUCAGAGUCCUGUGAAGAAGAGAGUUGUGUCUCCUACUUUACCCAAGUCCCCAGCUCCAGUUCUGAGACCCAGUAGGGCUCCCUCUCCCAACAGCCCCUCCCCUGAGAGCCCACCAUCCCCUCUCAACAAUGACCCAGCAACUGAGAGUGAAGUGGAUAGUCUGCAGGAGGACCACAAGCAGGCCAGGCAGUUCCCGCAUGAGUCUAAUGGGAAGGCUAGUGAACCCCCUGAAGAACCACCUGUAUCAAAAUCACAAAGCAGAGCAAAGUCCCCUUCUGUUCAGCGACCCUCCAAUGCUACCGAGCAAAGGCGCCAGUCUGAAGCGGUCUCAAGUUCCUCAAUGUCUACCUCUGCACCAAAGAUUGCAAUCCCAGCAUCGGCACACCAUUUCUGUUUUGCACUGGAUUUAAGAAGCAUUAAAGACAUGGAUGUAGGCUUUCCUGUAAAUUGCAUGCUAAGGUAUUCAUACCCAUUCUUUGGCAGUGCAGCACCCAUCAUGACCAACCCUCCUGUGGAAAUUCGAAAGAAUAUGGAAGUUUUCCUGCCUCAGUCAUACUGCGCAUUUGAUUUUGCUGCUGUGCCUCAUCAGCUACAGGACACUUUCUUUAGGUUACCUCUGUUAGUGGAGGUGUGGCACAGAGAUAAAACAGCCAAAGACAUUCUCUUGGGAGUAGCGAGACUGCAGCUAUCAAACGUCCUGACGUCUGAGAAAACAAGGUUUUUAGGCCAUUCGGGCGAGCAGUGCUGGAGGCAGACGUACAGUGAGAGAGUCACAGUUACAGCAGCCAAAGGACCAAGUGACAAAGUCUCUGAAUUGUGCUACUUCAUGACCCUGGAGAACUUUGGUCUGGUGAAAACCCAGGAGAUCUUCAUAUCUGACUCUUCUCAGAGUGCCAGUGCUGGUCAUCCAAAACCAGUGCCACCAUCUCAGCUACCCCAGGACCAUGUACCACAACUGGAGCCUGAGCCAAGGGAGACACUGGAGUAUAAGGCAGCCCUGGAGCUGGAGAUGUGGAAGGAAAUGCAAGAAGACUUGUUUGAGAACCAGUUAAAACAGAAGGAACUAGCACACAUGCAAGCCCUGGCAGAUUGAGUGGAAGAAAAGGGAUAAGGAAGGGAAGCCCUUGUGAAGAAAAAAGUAUCUGAGUAUUCUAUACUGGAGGAGCAGCUUCAGAAAACCCUGGCAGAUCUGGAAAAGAGAGAAAAGCAACUGGCCUUUUCUGAGAUGGAGCUACAGAGACUGAGAAAGGAGAUGCAGGCUGACCAUGAGCGUAGCCUGCGAGAGCUGCAGGACAGCAGCCGCCGUGUCCGAGAAGACUGUGUCCACCAAGUGGAGCUUGAGAGGUUAAAGGUCAAACAGCUGGAAGAGGACAGGCACCGCCUACAACAGCAGCUUCAAGAUGCAGAACACAAGUACAAGCUGUUGGAGAAGGACUUCCUUCAGUUCAAGGACCAGCAGAGUACCAAACCAGAAAUCCGACUUCAAUCUGAAAUUAAUCUGCUCAAUCUGGAAAAAGUGGAACUGGAAAGAAAGUUGGAAUCUUCAACAAAGUCUAAACUGCAUUAUAAGCAACAGUGGGGACGAGCGUUGAAGGAACUUGCACGACUGAAACAGAGAGAGCAGGAAAAUGCCAUGGCUCGCCUGAAGAAGCAGCAGCAGGAGCUUGAGCACAUGAGACUUCGGUACCUGGCAGCUGAAGAGAAGGACGUUGUUAAAACAGAGAGGCAGGAGCUAGAAGAGAUCAGAAAUGAACUGAACAGGUUAAAGCAGCAGGAAGACAAAAAACAGUCACGGGAUGAGAGAGAUACUGCAACAGGGAGAACAGAUGGACACCACAUCCAGCUUCUGAACGAAAGCCUGGAUGACUAUCUAAGCAGGCUAAUAGAGGAAAGGGACACCCUUCUAAGGACAGGGGUGUAUACUCACGAAGACCGUAUUAUCAGUGAGCUGGAUAGGCAAAUACGUGCAGCUAUUGCAAAUCGAAGCACCAAAUAAAUAAAUUAAAUGCUGUUUUUUUUUUUUUUUUGUUUUUUUUUUUUUUUUGACUAUUUGAAUCUCUAAUUAUCCUGCAAACAUCCUGCAGCAGUAAAUGUUAUAUAUCUAUUAUACAUUGUAUAUACAUGAGGGACAAUGGUUUCCCACCCUAAAAAUUGUGGUCAUUUAAACAGUGUCUAUUUAACACAUUUAAUAAUGUUAUUUUUAAUUCUGAAAGUAUUUUCAAAAAGCAUUUAUAUUUUGCAAAAUGGAAAAAAAUAUAUAUUUUAAAAUACUCCACAAAUUGAAUUGGCAGACUAAGAAGUAUUACAAUGGAAAUGGUGUUGUCUUUAAAAAUAAACCCUGUAACAGCUGCUUAUCUGUAGACCUGUGAUUUUGUCAUUUUUCUCUACACAAUAUACAGUGUGUAUCAAAAGAGCCUUUUUUUUUUUUUUUUUUUUUUUUUUAAACCGGAACUCCAGGUGGUGAUUUAGUGUCUUUAUUCUGUUUGUGAACAGAAGAAGGGGCCCUAAUGUAAAGAAUAAAAAAAAGGCUUUUACAGAAUACCAUACUUUUCAGGAUUAAUGUAUUUAUUUGUUGUUGUAUUGUAUUCUGAAACUGUAUUAAAUAAGAUUUGAGUGUUGUUUGAAGUAUAUUAUUUUGUAAAUGUACCUGUUUAGGACAGUUUAGAUGCUUUAAGUAGCAACAUGUUUUGACAGUGUACAAAACAGCUGCCCUUACACUGUAUUUAAUUGCUUUUUUCUAGUUGGACUAAUAAACGUUUAUAUUAAUCAAGA